AUGCACCGCUCCGAUAGCAUCGCCAUAGCGAAGCUAGCCCAGACUGGCCGCAGCUCCACCCUCGCCGCCCCCUUCGGCACCAAGCAAGAACGCGACCCGUCCGUCAAGCGCUCGCACCUGUCGCUGCAUGGCCACAAGCACCACAGCCAUCAUCACCACCACCACCAUCGCCACGCCAGCCGCUCUUCCAAAUAUGGCGGCGACGAGAAGGAAAUCAAGUCGGCCGUCCUGCCCACCGUGCGCCCCCAGUUCCCGGAGAUGAACGUCGUAAAGCCUGCGAACAGCAGCACCAGUGGAGGCAGCGGCAGCGCCAACGACCUCGUCAGCCCUUCCGUCGUUGCCGAAUACGAUCAGGGCGUGCGGCGCGUGGCCUCGCGCGUCAUCAAGCCUGAAGAUGUAUCUCGUGAGCGUGCCCGCCAGAGACAGCGCGACGAACAACUCCGCACCGCGCUACGCGUCCUCGACGAGCAAUCCAUGGCGACGACGCGGCGGCUCGACGAUACGUACUACUCGAUCCUGGAGAAGGUGGCGAGCUUGCACGGUACCAUCGGCGGGCUGCAGGAGCUGUCGACGCUGACGAAGCGGCUGCGCGCGGGCUUCGCGGCCGACGCGGCCGAGCUGGUCGACGAGGUCGAUGGCUCGCUCGACGGCAUUGGCGACUUCGCCGCCCAGGCCCGCCUGCUCGAGGAGUUUGAGGCCCGCAUCGCCGCAGGCAAGGAACGCGCUGCCCGCCUGAAUGAGCGUCUCGACGCUGCCCGCAAGCGCGUCGACGAGCGCGAGCGCAUGGAGGAGGAGUGGAGGACCAGCGUGAACCGCCGUCUGCGAAUCUUUUGGAGUGUUUUGGCCGCUAUGGUUGCGCUGUUCCUUGUUGGCUACAUCGUAUACGGUAUCCGCACCCAAGGCGCUGGUGAAGCCGUGUCGAACACAACCAACGCUACCGCUAAGCGCAACUUUUCCGUCGACUUGGAGAACGUGGUCGUGCCGCCGCCCGUCCGGGAUAUCCUUGACAGUGUUCACAGCUCUCCCUCGAGCGCUACCACGCCGUCGCCCCUGACGUCAAACGCUGCGUCGGAUGAUGAGAUAUUGCACGUAUUCGACGAACUGUGA